CUUCGGUGCGCCGAGCGCGCGCAUGGCGGCGGUGGGGCCGCGGACUGGCCCGGGCUCUGGGGCCGAGGCCUUGGCACUGGCGGCGGAGCUGCAGGGCGAGGCGACGUGUUCCAUCUGCCUGGAGCUCUUCCGAGAGCCCGUGUCCGUCGAGUGCGGCCACAGCUUCUGCCGCUCCUGCAUCGCGCGCUGCUGGGAGCGCCCAGGCGCGGGGUCCGCCGCCGUGCCCCGCUUGCUGCCGUACCCGCUCCCCUGCCCGCAGUGCCGCGAGCCCGCGCGCCCAAGUCAGCUGCGGCCCAACCGGCAGCUGGCCGCGGUGGCCGCGCUGCUGCGGCGCUUCAGCCUGCCCUCCGCUGCUCCGGGCGAGCGCGGGUCCCCGGAGGCGGCGGCCGCGGCCGCGGCGACUGGGUGCGCGCAGCACGGCGAGCCGCUCAAGCUCUUCUGCCAGGACGACGGACGCGCCAUCUGCGUGGUGUGCGACCGCGCCCGCGAGCACCGUGAGCACGCGGUGAUACCGCUUGGCGAGGCUGUGCAGGAGGCUAAGGAGCUCCUGGAGUCCAGGCUGAAGGUCUUGAAGAGUGAUCUGGAGGACUAUGAGAUGUUUCGUUCCACGGAAGAGAAGGAGGGCAAGGAGCUCCUGAAGCAGAUGGCUGCUGAGCGAGAGAAGGUGGGGGCAGAGUUUCAGGCACUACGGGCCUUCCUGGUGGAGCAGGAGGGCCGACUCCUGGGCCGCCUGGAGGAGCUGUCCCGCGAGGUGACACAGAAGCAGAAUGAGAACCUGGCCCAGCUUGGGAGUGAGAUCACUCAGCUAUCCAAGCUCAGCAGCCAGAUCCAGGACACAGCUCAUAAGCCUGACCUGGACUUUCUCCAGGAAUUCAAAAACACGCUAAGCAGGUGCAGCAAUGUGCCUGCCCCCAAGCCAAGCACAGUCUCUUCUGAGAUGAAGAAUAAAGUCUGGAAUGUUUCCCUCAAGACCUUUGUCUUAAAGGGGCUGCUCAAGAAGUUCAAAGAGGAUCUUCGAGAAGAGUUGGAGAAAGAGGAGAAAGUGGAGUUGACCUUGGAUCCUGACACUGCCAAUCCCCGCCUCAUCCUCUCCCUGGAUCUUAAGAGCGUGCGCCUCGGACAACGAGCCCAGGACCUGCCCAGCCACCCGCGUCGCUUUGAUACCAACACCCGUGUCCUGGCAUCUUGCGGCUUCUCCUCUGGGCGGCACCACUGGGAGGUGGAAGUGGGCUCCCAGGAUGGCUGGGCCUUCGGCGUGGCCCGCGAGAGCGUGCGCCGCAAGGGCCUCACGCCCUUCACUCCCGAGGAGGGCGUCUGGGCGCUGCAGCUCAAUGGCGGGCAGUACUGGGCUGUGACCAGCCCUGAGCGGACACCCCUCAGCUGCGGCCACCUGUCCCGCGUGAGGGUGGCACUGGACCUGGAGGUGGGGGCCGUGUCCUUCUACGCCACUGAGGACAUGCGCCACCUCUACACCUUUCGUGUCAAGUUCCAAGAGCGCGUGUUCCCCCUUUUCUCUGUCUGCUCCACUGGUACCUACCUGCGAAUCUGGCCUUGAGGGACAUUGCUGGCCUCCCAGAGAAGGGGCAGUCAGUCAAGGGUGAACGCAUUCUCCUGGCUGCCCAUGGGAAGGGAUGCUAUUUUCCACCGGAGCUGCCUGGUCACCUUGGGUCUGCCCUUCCCUCUUCUGCCACAGGCUGCCUUAGAGAGGCUUCUGGAGACCCAGCCCCAGAGGCAUGAGACUGUGCAAGGUGGGAAAGAAACCCUGUGCUCAGCUGAGCAGAGGAAGGGAUGCUUUGGAUCUUCAGGCCUGUCCCCUACCUGUUGCUUCUGGCAUGUAGUUUUGGUACCAGCUGUGAGGAGGUGGAGGCCUAUGAGCACUGGAGUCCCGAUGUUGACAGGGGUGGUUUCUUUCACUGGGGCUUACUGCCCAGACUUCAGCAAGGCCUC